ACCAUGGCCACGCUGCGGGUCCCCUGCGUUCUGUCCCGCCGCCUGGCAGUCGCUGCCGAUGUGCAGCUCGGGCUGACGGGCCGAGGCCUGUGCGCGGAGCCGAGAAUCCAGCCCGGCCCGAGGCCAUCACAGCAGUCUCAAAUAAAACAGAAUCGACAGAAACAAAUCUGCCUACCAGCUUUGAAACAUUUUGAUGAGAAGUAUCAUCAAGGACUUGGAGAAUUAUGGGACAAAGCCAGAGAAGUGCUCCUGAAUCCUUCCAGCUGGCAGUACGCUGUUCUUCUAAAUCGGUUCUGUCCCUCAGAAUUACUGGAGAAGCAUCUUCAAUCACAGAAAUAUUACAACUUCCUGCAAAUUGCUUUGCCCUUUCUCCAGCAUUCUUUACGAUGUUACAUUAGUAGGACUCAAUGCCGGUACCCCAAACAGCGACACCAGAAUGAAAGGCUGAAGCAGUAUUACCUCCUAAACGCAGCCUCCUUACUGCCAGUCCUUGCAUUAGGAAUACAAGAUGGAGAAUGUGUUCUCGAUAUGUGUGCCGCUCCUGGAGGGAAAUCUGUGGCUAUAUUACAGUGUAGUACUCCAGGGCAUCUUCUUUGCAACGAACCUGACAAUUUGAGAUACAAAUGGCUGCAGCAAACUCUUGAUUCUUUUGUACCUGAAGAUGUAAAAAGAAGCAUAAUUUCUGUGACCCAGCGGGAUGGGAGAUACUUUGGCUCACAUCUACCAGAAAUGUAUGACAAGGUGCUAGUUGAUGCCCCAUGUUCAAAUGACCGAAGCUGGCUGUUCUCCUCUGACCUCUUUCAGACUUGCACGAGGAUUGCACACAGGCCUAAGCUACCAACUCUGCAGAGACAAUUACUCAGGUCAGGUGUUAAUGCAUUACGUCCUGGAGGAUCACUAGUUUAUUCCACGUGUACGUUAUCUCACGCAGAAAAUGAUGACGUUGUGAGUUCUCUCCUGAAUUCCUGUGACAACAUUCAAGCUGUGGAUUUAACAGAAUUGUCAUGUGCCCUCUCCCACGACUUCACAUUUGCUAAGGGUAUACAGCAUGGAUUGUUAAUAGUGCCCGAAAGGAGUAAGACAUGGGGCCCUCUGUAUGUCAGCAAGUUGUGCAAGCUGCAUUGAUUUAUCACACAUCUAAUUGUUUACAACGUCUAAUCAGGUCAGCAUACUCUGUAAAUACAAUAAUUCAUUUAUUUAAAUUUGGGUACAUUUUACAGUUCAGAAUUAUUAAAGGUUUUCUAAAAUUAAGUAAAUGUUUUUAAGCUUACUUCC